AUGAAGCUCACAUCCAACCUCGUCCUCGCCACCAUGGCUGCCCAAGCUUCGGCCUUGGUACAAAUAGAGGUCCGUUACAGCGACAAAAUGAUUGAAGUCGGGAACCUCGAUCUCUUCGCUGCCACCUGGCAGGCCAUCUACGCUGAGGCCGGCAACCAGCGUUCUGUCAUGAUGGACCGCUCCUUCGGCGCCGACACCAGCACGUGCAAGUUCGCCGAGGACAACGACUCGGACCUGACCGUGCAGGUAAAAGUCAACGGCGCCUGGGGCCGAACGCCUGGGUUGCAGGACAACGAGAUGCGCGAGGCGCUGGUGACCUCGAUGUGGGAGGUGCUGCAGCGCGUGGCCGAUCCCACGGGCUACGAGACGUUCUCCGGCUGCCGUGGUCUCACAUGGCAGGAAAGCGUCAGCUACACGUCCGACGCCGCAUGUGGCCCCCAGAGCGCACGUAACUGUGAGGAGCCGUGUAGGAAGGAGGGCUCGCCCGGCUUGGCGCAGUGUAUGGAUCACUCGUGGGGCCACCAGGUGCCUUCGUCGAUGCGCGUGACGGCUUACAUCGACGACGUCCUGCAGGCUGACGACUUGAUCAUCGAGUUCAGCUCUGCUGUCAACCCUAAGGAUGGAGGUUGUGGCAUAAUCGGAGAGAUUGCUGGUGCCCUCGCUGAAUACACCAUUCCCGUCGCAGGCGGCCUCUUCGCCAAGGGUAUCGAGAUCGGCUGCAGCAGCUAA